AUGGCUCCCAAGUAUACCCGUCACCACACCCCCACUGUAAACUGCAGCCAGACAGAAUUUAAGGUGGACUUCGAGCUCGAGGAGCUCUCCUCGGUACCCUUCGUCAAUGGGGUCCUCUUCUGCAAGAUGCGGCUGCUGGACGGCGGCAGUUUCACCGCGGAGUCCUCCAGGGAAGUGGUUCAAGCAAACUGCGUUCACUGGAGAAAGAAGUUCUCAUUUAUGUGCAAAAUGAGUGCCAGUGCUGCCACAGGAAUCCUCGACCCAUGUAUCUACAGAGUAUCUGUGAGGAAGGAAUUAAAAGGUGGAAAAGCUUAUGCAAAGCUGGGCUUUGCAGAUCUAAACCUGGCAGAGUUUGCUGGAUCAGGAAAUACCACUCGUCGCUGUUUACUGGAAGGCUAUGAUACCAAAAAUACAAGGCAGGAUAAUUCCAUUCUUAAAGUAAGAUCCUUAGAAAUGUUCAUUUACAGACCUCCCUCUACAUCGAUGUCAAUACCAAUUGCUGGUGAAUCUGAGUCUCUGGAAGAAGACAGGAAAGGUGGAGAGACUCUCAAAGUGCAUCUUGGAAUAGCAGAUCUUUCAGCAAAAAGUGCCUCUGUUCCAGAUGAACUUGGUGCCUGUGGACAUUCCAGAACAUCAACAAUGAACCAGGAUUCUGUAGAAUCUCAGAUGAAGCGAGUUGAUGACACCAGAGUGGAUGCAGAUGAUAUUGUGGAAAAAAUAUUACAAAGUCAAGACUUCAGCCUAGAUUCCAGUGCAGAAGAAGAAGGACUGAGGUUAUUUGUGGGUCCUGGAGGAAGUACAACCUUUGGCAGUCAUCAUCUUCCAAACAGGGUGGGGUCUGGAGCUUAUGAACAAGUUGUGAUCAAACGCUAACAGUCAAGCCGGAGAUCUGAAGCUUCCCUGUGGAUUUAAAGUGUGGGCAGUUGAUAUAUGGAGGCAUUUUAGUCGAGCACUUAAAAGGAAUCUGUGAACCUCAUCUGUCAAGAAGAAAGCCAAUGCUGAUUUCGUCUCCAAAAGCGCCCACCUUCCCCACCCAGUGAGAAGGAACAUCUGAAUGGUAUUCUCAAGGCAGUGUGCCAGAGUGUGCCUUGGAGGUGCACUGCUCCUGUGGCCACUGCACAUGACAGUAAAAAACUGUUCUUUCUUUCAAAAUACCCAAUGGGAAAACAGCACUAGAUAUGUCUGAGUAUAAUUUUAGUAUUCAAGAGUAAAAUCUAUGAUAGAGGUGCUCAAUAGAUUGGGCUGUAUGUUUUUUAUUUUAAUUUUACAUUUUAGAUAUAAGUGAAUAUAAUUUAAAUUUAAACCCUAUAAAUUCUGUCAAGAUAGUUAUUAAGUCCUCUUAAGGAAAUAUUCCAUAUUAUACUACCUAAGGUAUUAUACUGUUUAUUAACUCAUUUUGAUGCAAUAAUUGAUAUAAAGUGUGGGUGUUCAUGCUUUGGGAAAAUGUUUUACUACAAUAACAUAAAAUGCUUAAAAUUAUUAUAAAUAUAUCAGUCAUAAAUCAAAUGACAAGUGUGUUUUAAGUCUGAGGUAGGUAAAUGGAUGUGAUGUUGUUAUUAUGUGGUAUAUAGUAUUGUUAUUUGUCAUUAACAUUAGAUGAGCUGCAGAAUCCCCACUAGCACUAUACAUGAAGAUUUAAAAUAAGCUUAAUAUUCAAUGUGUUAGGCCACCAUAAGGCACCCAAACAGAAGAACUAUUUUAAUUCACUGAAUUAAGACCUGCUGGUUUCAACAGUCAAAAUUUAGAACACGAGGAAAAUUGUGAUAUGAUCUGAAACAGAGCAUCCUUUUCUAUGAAAAUUCAGGCUUGUCCAAAGCUGAAACUUACUCUGACAUGGUAGUGGGUAGAAAAUAGGAAACAGCUACUUAACAUUACUGAGCUGAAGGAUUGGUAGUUUUCCAUUUUAGCUUCCUAUGGUCAGAUAUUAUGUUUUCUUCUUUACUAUAUCAAAAAUUAAUUGUUUUGAGGCAAGAGUAGACUGUAAUAUACAUCAAAUAUGGCUUUAAAAUAUGAAUAUCUCGUCUGGUUUCAGUUUCACAGCACAGCAUAUAAACUUUAGAGGUUUUCUGUUCUUAUAUGACCGUCUCCAUGUGGAAAGAUCAAAACCUUCUUGGAAUCAAAUAAAAACUCAGUCACUGAAGAAAAACAGAUUCCUUAGAACCACUGAUGUCCCAGUCCUUAAUUUCGAAAUCAUGUUCAAGAAAGAAAAUGUCAGAAUAAAAUUGGUCUAGCUUUCAUGUUGGCAAAAUAUCCAAAUUUAAAGG